AUGUCGCAACCUCCUCUCCCAGGACUGAGUUGCAAGGCCUGCUGUCCACAUCUUUUCCCUGGGCUUGGAGCCACCACAAAGCCUAACACGCUUGAUCUGGGCCUGGGUAGGUGGAGCCCUAGCACCCAAGAGGAGAGCCAUAGGGCUCAGGCACCCUCUAAGGGUGUUGGCAAGCAGCUGCCAGAGUACAAGGCAGUGGUGGUGGACACAAGUGGUGUGGGCAAGAGUGCGCUGACCAUCCAGCUGAACCACGAGUGCUUCGUGGGAGACCAUGACCCCACGAUCCAGGAUUCCUACUGGAAGGAGGUGACCCUAGGCGAGGGGGUCUGUGUUCUGAACGUGCUGGACACGGCAGGGCAGGCCGCUCCUAAGGCCCUGUGUGACCAGUGCUUGGCUAUUGGGGAUGGUGUGCUGUGUGCCUUCGCCCUUGACGACCCCUCCUCUCUGACCCAGCUGCAGCAAAUGCGGGCUACCUGGGGUCCUCACUACACCUGGCCCCUCGUCCUUGUGGGCAACAAGUGCGACCUUGUGGCCGGGUGAGAUAUUCACGCUGCUGCAAUAGACCUCGCGAAGAGCUGGGGGGCCCCCUUCGUGGAGACCUCAGCGAAGACACAGCAAGGGGUAGAAGAGGCCUUUACCCUGCUCAUCCAUGAAAUCCAAAGGACCUGGGAGGCCAUGGCAAAGGAGGCCGAGGCAAAAUCAAGUGGGCAUAAGGACUGGCACCAUAAGACCACGUGUCAUGGUGGCUGUGCCGUGGCCUGA